GUCCGAAUCGUCUUUACCGGUAUCUUAUUUCUAAACGAAUCUUUACCUUCGAUGUGUUGCUAAAUUCGCGUUCUUUCGAUUUCCUCUCAAAAAUUGACACAACAAAAUGUCUAAAAGAGGACGUGGUGGUUCCGCGGGAGCGAAGUUCCGCAUCUCAUUGGGUCUCCCUGUGGGAGCUGUGAUCAACUGCGCAGACAACACAGGAGCCAAGAACCUUUAUGUGAUUGCCGUGCAAGGUAUCAAGGGUCGCCUGAACAGGCUUCCCGCUGCCGGAUCCGGAGACAUGAUCGUCGCCACUGUCAAGAAGGGUAAACCAGAACUCAGAAAAAAGGUAAUGCCUGCAGUGGUGAUCAGACAACGGAAACCGUUCAGGAGGCGGGACGGGGUGUUUAUAUACUUCGAGGACAACGCGGGCGUCAUAGUAAACAACAAAGGCGAGAUGAAAGGGUCGGCUAUCACAGGACCAGUGGCCAAAGAGUGCGCGGACCUGUGGCCCCGUAUCGCUUCCAACGCCAGCUCCAUAGCUUGAGUUAAUAUACGGUUAAGAUAAACAAACUA